AUGAGGAAAUAUUUGGUGUCUUUAUUUUUUAUAUCCACAAUUUCCGCGUUGGAUUUGGCUAGUAUAAGUGAGUUGGAAAAGACAAACAUAUCUGAAUGAAGACAAGAGAAAAAGUUCCCAACCUUUUGAAAAUUGAAAAAAAAAUAAGUUCAAAAUUUCAAGGUGAACUCUGAAGCAAAAUUUAGCAUUACAUUUUUAAUUUCAUUUUCAGAAAAAAUUAGAAAAUCAUGAUUUUGGAUUUUUUUUCGAAAACUUAUUUUUUUCCAGAAAGAAUGUAUACUGUAGCAACCACUGAAGCUGCUGACAUCCAAUUCGAUAUCGUUGAUCCUGGUGCACUUUUAAUCGAAUGUUCAGCAGCUUGUGACAGCGGCUGGAAAUAUUGGAACUCGUCUUGCUAUCAAAAAUUCAAUGAUGCCGGAACCUUUGCAAAUGCUGUUACAAGUUGUGAAGCUCUUGGAGCACAACUUGUGAAAAUUUCCUCGAGCGAUGAAAACGAGGCACUAAGAAGUGAGUUUUAAGAUUAUUUUUUGUUUUUGAUAGGUAUUUUCAAAACAAAAAAAAACACUUUCAGAAGAAUUCGACUCAAAUGUAGUUGUUGGUGAAGCCAAGCAAACAUGGAUUGGAUUACAGUACUCCUCUGGAAGUUGGCAAUGGGUAGCUGAUGGUUCAACUCCAAGUUUUACCAACUGGGCACCAACUGAGCCAAGCUCUUCUGCGAGUGGAAUGUGUGCACAAAUGAUAACUGAUACAAUGCAAAAAGCCGCUUAUUUAUUCGAGAGAGGAGGGUGGAAAACUUAUAGUUGUGACAAUACAAGUUCGAGCUAUAUUUGUAAAAAAAAUGCAAAUUGA